UAGGACUGCUGGAGGCGGCCAUAGCGCCAUGUUGAAGGGAAUCAUCACACUCCGUGGAGAGACUCUCGUAAAAGAGCAGUUGUAAACCAGGUGUUAUUCUUUUUUCCUAAAGGGGCACACCUGUCAAGAUCGCCCUGGCAAUAAGAGGCGACCUAUAUCCUCGGAAACCCCGACCGGGGAGGGGGAACAGCCCCCCAACCUUUAGCAAUGAAGACAAACCUCAAUAAGCGCUAGCCGGCUAAUUUUAGCCUGCUAUCAAUAAGAUAGCUAGCCUGUUAGCUUGAGCUUUUCUAUCCGCUCAAAAACCGGCAACCUGCUCUUACAAGGCCGGGACUUGACGUAACUCGCCAGCAAUAUUUUUUUUACUUGCAUUGUUUUUACGCGCCUAGUCGCUAGCUAAUUUAUUAUUGUAAAUAUCUGUAUAGCCGUGCGUUUGUUUUUAAAUUUUUUUUGCGAUGAGUUUGCCGCCGAAAGCGGUGCCGAAACCAGCCGCUGCCUCCGCUGGAACUGGACCUGGAACCGGGCUGUCACCCUCGAGCCAGCUGCGGGCCCCCCUGCCCCAAGUACCGCUACAGCCGGGGCCACCGGUAGCUCAGCAGCCUCCGCCGGUGCCGCAACCACCAAUUUUCCUUAAUUUCCCCCCUAGGACUUCCAGACUGCCGCUCUCCCUGGAAGAGCGAAUCUUCUCCACACAGCCUGUCGCUGCUGUGUACAGUGUACAGAGAACCCCUGGCCCAUAUGACAUUAGUAAGGGACACACUAAUCUAGUGGGCACACCGCCGGGUCACGCCUCCUCCCCCGGACUCUCUCAGGUAUCAGUUUCAACAGUAUCCACUGCGCAUCUGUAUGGGCACCCUAAAGGCUGGGAGGCAGGAGGAGGGUCUCCAUACACACCUGGACAGAAUGCCUGCACGACGCCUAUUGUCUACUCUUCGCCAACACAGCCAAUGAACACACAGCCUCAGAGCCGCCCAUUUGCCCCUGGGCCACGUCCUUCCCAUCACCAGGGAGGAUUCAGACCCAUUCAGUUUUUCCAGCGGACGCAGAUGCAAACAGCCCGGCCCACCAUUCCAAGCAACAACCCUCCCAUUCGGCCCACAUCUCAGACCCCCACGGCAGCGAUCUAUCCCCCAAAUCAGCCCAUCAUGAUGACCAUGGCACCCAUGCCCUUCCAUUCACAGACAGGGCAGUACUACAUCCCACAGUACCGUCACAGUGCUCCUCCAUAUGUGGGGCCUCCUCAACAGUACCCAGUUCAGCCCUCUGUCCCCAGUACCUUCUAUGCUAGACCCAGUCCAGGGGACUUCCCUGCACCUUAUGCAGCUGGGCCUUCCUUCUAUCCUGGGCAGACAAUGUACACACCAUCUCCAUCCAUUAUAGUGCCUACACCACAACAACCCCAACCUACUAAAAGGGAAAAGAAAACAAUCCGCAUCCGAGACCCCAACCAAGGCGGCAAGGAUGUCACAGAUGAGAUAUUGUUAGGAGUGGGCGGGAGUCGCAACCCAACCCCACCGGUGGGGCGGCCCUCCUCUACUCCUACACCUCCACAGUUUUUAUGUCCACACCCUCAUUAUCCUCACAUUUUCUACCUCAAAUCCCAGCAGCUAAACAGCCAGGUAGCAGAUCACGGGCACAUCAUGUUUAAUGUGGACACCGCCCAGCUACUUCCUGCACACGUCGACUUGAAAGCAGAUGACAAGGCAAAAGUAGAGUUCGCUUCGCAAAGGUCUGCAUCUCCUGGACUGCGGAAGCCAGAGGCUGCUUUGGAAAGAAGAGGUCCCUGCAGCCCAGUCCAAACACCCUCUCCCCCACAGAAAACUGAGCUUCCCCCCUCAGGCCCAGAAUUGGCCUCAAGUGUAGCUACAGCCCACACUCCUUUCAUGCCUGCCUCAACAGUGGAAUCAGCUGAACCCUCAAGCUCCUCAGCUGAGCCCAGCCCUUCUAAAGCUAUCACACCAGAACCAGAGAAAUCCUCCUCAGAGCAACCCUCACCUCAGAGCCUGUCCGCAUCCCCAGCCCGGCCUGAAAAGGCAGUCAAUGGGCUGGCGGACACCGAUGCUGCUCCCUUAAGUGAGGGCUUAGAAUUCCAACCCAGGGAAGUCGCUCAUUUGCUGCCUACUCCCAGCGUUCUCCAGUCCCAGACAGCCAGCACGGAGUGCAGCCCCAUCACGACCGCACUGGAGGCGGAGUCUACAGAGGUAAAGGCAGAUAGUCCCUUGCCUCCUGUUGAAGACAGUGCUGGGUCUCCUGACGUCUCAUCCCUUCCUGCCACAACCUCCAUAACAACUGCUGCUAUCUCUGCCACACUUGCUCCACCUCCAGGCCUGACACACCCAUAUCAGGUUUCUGCAGGGUCAGGCCCAGUCAGGAGAUUCUCUACAGGGUCAGAGCUCAAAGAAGCAAGGAUGGAGACCGAGGCCUUGGCAGACAAGCGUGAUGAGCCCUUCUUGCAGUCCAGAAAAAGCUCAAUUCAAGCUACAUCUAGUGCACCAAAGACCUGGAAGAAGCCAAAAGAGGACAUGCCUGUAGGUCUAGAUCAGUGUCCAGACAAAGAGGAGGACAUGGAUCGACCUGCUAGGGAGCCUGCUGCGGAGAGCCCCAGUCCUCCUCCUGUGGAGGUGGAGAGGAUGCCAUCAGUAGCAGCAGUGCUCGAGGAGAACGGAGAGCAGGAAGCAGAGCCUCUGAGAAACGGGGCAGAACAUGCAUCCGAAACCGAGAGCAGCGACAGUAUCCACCCACCUGUAGUGAAAGAGCCGGUGAUCAAAGCAGUGCCAGAACUGGCAGAUAAUAAUGGAAAGAGGCUGUACGAUAGAAACUUCCUGUUGGGCUUCCAGUUCAUGCCUGCAUGUGUGCAGAAACCCGAGGGGCUUCCUCCCAUUUCUGAUGUUGUUUUAGAUAAGAUUAACCAAAAUAAGAUGACCAUGCGGCCAGUAGACCCACGUGUGACCUCCAGAGGCCCAGACUUCACGCCAGCGUUUGCUGAUUUUGGCCGACAGAUUCCAGGGGGCAGGGGAUCACCGCUGCUGAAUGUAAGCAUGCGACGACCACCUGCGCGCAAAAUUAUUACAAACGUUUCGGUGAAUGAUGACGUGCAGCUCAGGACAGCAGAAAAUGCCUGGAAGCCUGGCAUGAAGCGGGACAGCGUCACUGAAGAUUCAGAGUCCCUGAAAACUCAGGAGCUUUUCCGAAAAGUGCGUAGUAUCCUCAACAAAUUGACGCCACAGAUGUUCAACCAGCUGAUGAAGCAGGUGACCGACCUUACCAUUGACACAGAAGAGAGACUCAAGGGCGUCAUAGACCUGGUCUUUGAGAAAGCCAUCGAUGAACCAGGCUUCUCUGUUGCCUAUGGCAACAUGUGCAGCUGUCUGGCCACGUUAAAAGUGCCCAUGAUGGAUAAGCCCAACAACACUGUGAAUUUCCGGAAGCUGCUGCUGAACCGCUGUCAGAUGGAGUUUGAGAAAGACAAGGUGGAUGAUGAUGCUUUUGAGAAGAAACACAAGGAGCUGGAGGCAGCUACCUCAGCUAUCGAGCGGGAGAGGCUACAGGAGGAGCUGGAAGAAGCAAAGGACAAGGCCCGCAGACGCUCCAUUGGCAACAUUAAGUUCAUUGGCGAGCUCUUCAAGUUGCGGAUGCUGACGGAGGCCAUUAUGCAUGACUGUGUGGUCAAGUUGCUGAAGAACCAUGACGAAGAGUCACUCGAGUGCCUCUGUAGACUGCUCACCACUAUUGGCAAGGACCUGGACUUUGAGAAAGCUAAGCCACGAAUGGAUCAGUACUUCAAUCAAAUGGAAAAGAUAGUAAAGGAGAGAAAGACUUCCUCUCGCAUUCGCUUCAUGCUGCAGGAUGUCAUUGACCUGCGAUUGCACAAUUGGGUGUCUCGGAGAGCUGACCAGGGCCCCAAGACCAUCGAGCAGAUCCACAAGGAGGCAAAGUUGGAGGAGCAGGAGGAACAGAGGAAGGUCCAUCAGCAACUGCUGUCUAAGGACAACAAGAGGAGACCAGUGGUGCAGAGAGAGGAGACCUGGAGCACUGUGCCUAUGACUAAGAACAGCAGGACAAUAGACCCCGCUAAGAUUCUCAAGAUCUCCAAGCCAACAAUAGAUGAGAAGAUUCAACUGGGACCAAGAGCUCAGUUGAACUGGAUGAAGGGCAGCAGUGGAGGGGCUGGAGCCAAGGCCAGUGAGUCAGAUGUCUCUCGUCCCAGUGCCACCAGUUUGAACCGUUACUCACCCCUGCAACACUCAGCCCCACCGGCCUCCUCUUUACCCUCUACAUCCCCAGACUUUAAUGCCAGGAGAGUUCUCAGCAGUCGUGGAAGCUCAGGGCGGGAGCACAAUGACAAGCCAUUGAGCAUGGAUCCCACUCGAACAGGGACCCUCUCAUUGGGUGGCAGCAAUAAGGAGGCCCCUGAGGAGUCGGUGCAGGAGGUGUCCCGCAGAGACUUAAAUGCCUCAGACACGCCCAAGCUGCCCACCAGCACUGCGGACAAGAGCAGACUGGAGCGUAGCCAGUCCAGGGAGUCUGCAAUUAAACUUGAAGCACAGUCAGGUUCCUCUCCAGACAAGCUUGCAUUAACAGAAGAGGAGAUGGAGAGGCGGUUCAAGUCGAUUAUUGAUGAGUUUUUGCACAUUACUGAUUAUAAGGAGGCAGUGCAGUGUGUGGAGGAACUGGAGCAGCCUGCCAUGCUCUAUGUGUUUGUACGUGUGGGUGUGGAGUCAACGGUGGAGAGGAGUCAGAUCACACGAGACCACAUGGGUCAGCUGCUUUACCAGCUACUGCAGGCUGGAAGCCUCUCGAAACCUCAGUUCUUUAAAGGGUUCUCUGAAACUCUUGAAUUUGCAGAUGAUAUGGCCAUUGAUGUUCCUCAUAUAUGGCUGUAUCUUGCGGAACUGGCAACCCCUGUGCUUCGAGAGGGGGGAAUCUCUAUGAGAGAAUUAUUUAGUGAAUUUAGUAAACCAUUACUCCCUGUGGGAAGAGCUGGGAUAUUAUUUUCUGAAAUAUUGCACCUUCUAUGCAAACAUAUGAGCCGUAGGAAAGUGGGAUCAUUAUGGAGGGACUCUGGGUUGAGCUGGGCAGAUGUUAUACCUGAAACAGAGGAUGUGCACAGCUUCAUCACAGAACAUAAACUAGACUUCACAAUUUCUGAUUGUGUAAACCCAACCGAGGCUGUCUCUAAGAGAACACUCUCGCCUGAGGAACUGAACAAGCAACUUGAAAAACUGCUACUUGAGGAAAUGGCUGGCGAUGAACAAAUCUUUGACUGGGUUGAGGCUAAUCUAGAUGAAUCGGAAAUGAGUUCACCUUCUUUCCUCAGAGCUUUAAUGACUGCUGUGUGCAAAGCAGCAGUGAAAACCGAGGGCUCCUCCUGCAAAGUUGACACGCCCAUAAUCCAGAAGAGAUUGCCUGUAUUACACAAGUACCUUAACUCAGACACAGAGAGACAGUUGCAAGCACUUUACGCACUUCAAGCAUUGAUAGUAAAACUGGACCAGCCUCCUAAUUUGCUCCGGAUGUUUUUUGACUGUUUAUAUGAUGAGGAUGUGAUAUCUGAAGAUGCAUUUUAUAAGUGGGAAAAUAGUAAAGACCCUGCUGAACAGCAAGGCAAGGGUGUGGCCCUGAAGUCAGUCACUGCCUUCUUCACGUGGUUGCGUGAGGCAGAAGAAGAGUCAGAGGACAAUUGACGAGGGGAUAAAUGGACACAUUUUCCAAUUAGUGCUGAAGAGACAAUUAGUUGCUGAAACAAUAACUGCAUCAAAUUAAAAAGUAACAUAAGCAACACAUCAUGCAUCAGUUGGAUGGAGUUCAGCAAGAUUUCGAUUGGUACGGUUCACUGACAUGCAGCGACCUUAUGAUUUGCAGCAGAUGGAGCACUAAAACAUUUAUUAUUGUAUUUAUAGAAAUGUUGCAUUUAAGUUUUUUUAUUUUUUAUUUUGUUACUUUUUAAGGAAAGACUUUAAUAAUACAAAGUGCAACAAUGAAGCAAAAGAUAAGUUCAGACCUGUUAAUUUAUUUUUUGUAAGAGCAGCAGACACAAAAUUGUAUUCAACAUUUGCAGACAGCCACAAUGAGAGUUAAACGGUGGAUAGAGUAAUAAUGUUAAUAAUUGUACUAUUAAUUUAAUGACAAUAGCAAUUAUUAAACAACCUCCAUGAUUUUUAAACUGUUCGAUUAUGGUCAAUGACCGUUAUUUGGUUGAGGAUAGACAUGGCCAGGUUUUGAAAGGAGGAUCUCCGGUUUUAGUACAUCAGUACUAAAGUGUUUAGUACAUGUUGAAGGUUAUUUUUUUUAUAUAUAACCAUAGCAGUUGUUCCUCUGCUUUAGCUUGCUCUAUGUGAAACAUUUAAUCUGGCAGAAACUUGCAGAAAUAUGCAUUCAGGAGACUGCUGGAGUCACAGAACAAGAGCUCAGAAUGUGUCAACAAGCAAAUGGCAACAUGUACAAGACACUAAGGAAAUGUUACUGAACCUAAAGUGCUUGUUAUUCUUCAUACUGAUAGAGCAAAUUUAAAGCUUGUAAAUAAAGAAAAAAGAUUCAUAAAAAUAAGAA